AUCAUCAUGUUGACUGUCGAAGUUCCCUACAACGUUCUGGUUCUGGUGUUGGUAUUGUGCUUCCUUCUGCCUCUGUUGGCUAUAUUUUGUACAUUGGUGUAUCUCACGUUCCAGCAGUGUCGUCGCCAGCAGCAAGAGGUGGAAACCUCGGCCCCCACCGAAGAAUCCUCGAAAGACUUGGCGAUAUCGGCGAAUUUCGUUCCUCUUCUGCUCCUGUACCUCGAGAUCCUUAACCGUCUUAGUUCCUUCGCCAUGAAACACAAGUCGAAGGUUCUGGAGGUCGAGAAUCCUAUUGAGAGGUUUGAUUGCAUUAUCCGAGGGAAGAAAGGUCCUGAUCCGUACUUGGGAGAACAGAAGGUGAUUUCUGUUUAGUUUGUGCUGUAAUUUCGGUUUGCUGGAACUAUUUGUUACAUCGUAUACUAUAUUCUGUACUACACAAUAUAUUUUG